AAGUUAAUCCAAAUUGAAUUAUUGAUGUAGCCAAAUGAAGUUCAGUUGAUUCCUUAGAAUGGCUUUAAACUAAAUCAAAUUAGUGAUAAAUUAUAGCUGUAAUAAGGCAAUAUUAACCCAUUUCAACAUGAAAUUUUUCCUGAAUCGAUAUCUGAUUUGCCUUUUGAUAAUCUUCGUCUAUUUCCCUGUCGCUGAAAAUGGAUCACCAAAGCCAACCUCAUCUUUAUCCUUCAUUGUCUCCAUACAAAUGAAUCGUCUUCAUAUUUGCACUGGAGUUUUGAUUACGGAUAAAAUUGUUCUAACAGCUGGCCAUUGUUUAUCAGGGAUAAAAGAUCUGGAAAGUUUGACGAUUCAGCCCAAUUAUGAUGACACUAUUCAUUCACCUGCCGACCAGAAUAAACGCUAUGGUGCACGGAACAAGACUGUUCAUCCAAAUAUGAAGCAACUAAAUCAUGAUAUUGGAUUGAUUGAACUAAACGAAAAGGUGGCAGAAGUGAAUGGAGUUAAGGCUUUGCCUUUGAGCAAUUUGACCAAUGAUGAAAUUCAUGAGGACGAUUUCCUUAUCAUGGCUGCUUGGGGAUACACAAGGAACUGGAAGUUCACCACGAAACUUUCAUUGGCUCAAAUAAAAUUGCUGGAAAAUAAGAAGUGUGUUAAACGGUUUAAGGUGAGGCCUGGUAAUGAAAUAAUCUGUGCGAUGUCAUAUCACACAAAGAUUUGUCGUGGUGAUGGAGGAGCUCCAAUAUUUAGAUAUGAUCCAUUAACAGGGGAAAAAGAGGUUAUUGGUCUUCUUAUUUAUGCGACAAUCCAUUGUAAGGCUGAUAUGUUCAUCGCCGUUCAAGUCUCUUCCAAUUAUGAUUGGAUAAAGAACUCUAUUGAAUAUACAAAUGAAUAAAUGCAUAUUUUCAUUGAA